UGCACGAUGCUUUUGUUGUAUAUCAUUCUAUCGGCGAUUUUCUAAGAGUUGAUAGAUAUACUCGUAUUGAAAUUAACCUCCCUUUCUAUCUGGUAGCGCUGCCCGUCAUAACGUAUGUAUUAUACAAACGCGUCUUCUUUAUCGAGGAGCUUGUUAAUUCGUAAACGUCACCCCCCUUGAGUAAUGGCAUAGCCCAGAUUUACGUCCAUCUCUAUACAUGUAUGCUGACGAUGUCCCAGUCCUCCUAGCCUUGAAGCCCACACCUGCAAGCGAGUAGUACGUUCUCACUAGAGGGAAAAACCGUUGGUGUCCACCCUUUGAAUCAGUAGCAUCUCCCCGUUCUCGUUAUUGCGGAUUCAUGAGCUCUAUCUGUGUGUAGAGAUGCCGGCUAGAAGCGCCCAUGUAAAUGAACCUAUCACCACUGCAGGUCCAUACAGUGAAUGUACACAGUGAGCGCUGACAGCCCUUCAACGCUAGGCGUGUACGUAUACGUUCCCGGAACAGACAUGCCGGAUUCAUUCCAGGAAAACAGUGAGACUUGGUGGGAGGCUGGAGUGAUGGAUUAGUGCAUCAGGACAAGACAGGAGCUCCCGAGGCGGACUGGUAAUACCACGGAGCGGGCGCACACGCAUGCCUUCCCGCGGCCUUGUUAGACAUGGCACCCGAAAGACUGAUGCCUCUGCCCCGAUUCCUUCUCCUCCUCUCCAUCUCUACCCUGCCUGCUGUUGGAGGUUUUCCCGAAAAGGUCAUCAUAGGGGUGAUCGUACCUAAAGGUUCGGAGGAAGAGAUGAGCGCGUUCAGAUACGGGCUAGACAGUUUCAACGGCGAGAGGAACACAGGAGUGAGCAUACGGCGUUUCUUCGUGCCGGACAGGAGCGGCAGGCCCCCGUUCCGUAUGCAGGACAAAAGCACGUUUGUAGACACGUCCGACAGCUUCCAACUGGUCAAAGCAGUGUGCUCGAGAUUCGGUAGAAGUGGUGACGGAGUGUAUGCCAUUUUCGGCAUGAACGACUUUGCCUCCAUGAGCACGAUGCAGUCGUACUGCAGCAGCCUCCAAGUACCGUACAUCACCACGAGCUACCCGCCCAUCACCAACACCUCAACCAGCUUCGUCCUCAGCAUCAGGCCCAACAUCGUGCCGGCCGUCUAUGAGGUCAUUCGCAAACGAUACAAAUGGAGGAUGUUCACCUACCUGUACGAUGACGCUGAAGGACUGGCUUCCCUGCAGCAGAUGAUAAAAAAGGCGAAGGGUAAGAAGAUAAAGAUCAAAGCGAGGAAGCUGGGAGGUAUAAACAACACGGUCUCCACGCUGAAUGACAUGAACAACUCUACAGGAGAAAGGAAUAUAAUCAUAGACCUCGACAGAAAAACUACGGAGGCCGUUCUAAGAAUGAUCACAUUGCUGCAGAUGUUGACAUCACCAUGGCAUUACGUCAUCAUGAACCCGGACUUUUCCAUCAUGGACCGAGAAGUUCUGUCCUACGGAAAGGCAAACAUCACCAGUUUCCAGCUCAUCGACCCGACCAACGGCACUGCAAUGGACGUUCUGGCGAGCUGGAAGGGGCUGGAUCCCGACACGUACCCGGGGGCAGGCAAGGACAUGAUGGGGUACAAAGCAGCUUUGGCCUUCGACGUAGUUCGUGUUAUUUCCAACGCCUUCUGGAAGAUGAAGGAUUCCGGAAAGGACCUAAGUCUGAAAUCUUCACCUACGUGCGACAGUCUCAGAGCGUCAAACUAUGGUGAACAGAUCAGGAAAUUUAUAUCAAAGGUAAACGUAAGUGGCUUGACGGGGAACAUACAGUUUGAUGACUUUGGUCGGCGUGUCAAGUACGCCAUUCAAGUGAUGGAACUGCAGAGACCGAAGGCUUCUCUUACUAAGGUUGCCGAGUGGCUGCAUAGGUGGCCGAGUGGCUUAAGCUACAAAGACCGUCCUCCAGUUAAGGUGAACCGAAGCGAAGGACUGGUUAGGGUCACGUCAAUAAUGGAGUCCCCGUUUCUGAUGCUUAAGACUGCUGAAGACUUAGAAAAGGAAAAAUGUUUUCCCGACAAGUUCCCUGAGAGGGAUAACAACUGUAAAUACGAGGGGUACUGUGUGGAUAUGCUGAAGAAGGUGGCGGAACUUGUGGGCUUCAACUUUACCAUACGUGAGGUGGCGGACGGCAAGUAUGGAGCAAACGAGAACGGAACGUGGAACGGCAUGGUUGGGGAGCUGAUAUACGGGAAAGCUGACCUCGCUGUGGCACCACUCACUAUCAACAUGGUGAGAGAACAAGUCAUCGAGUUCUCCAAGCCCUACAUGAGUGUCGGCAUCAGCAUCAUGAUCAAGAAGCCACAAAAGUCCAAGCCUGGAGUCUUUUCCUUCCUAGAUCCUCUGGCUUACGAAAUUUGGAUGUGCAUUUUAUUUGCCUACAUAGGCGUUAGUGUAGUUCUUUUCCUCGUGAGUCGAUUCAGUCCAUAUGAAUGGCAUACUGUAGACUCCGCUGGGGGUGGGUCCAUAGAAGAGGAGCAGACCAAUGAUUUCGGCAUUUGGAACAGCCUGUGGUUCUCACUGGGCGCUUUCAUGCAGCAAGGGUGCGACAUUUCGCCAAGAUCGGUCUCCGGAAGAAUCGUGGGCGGCGCCUGGUGGUUCUUCACCCUGAUCAUCAUCUCCUCCUACACCGCUAACCUGGCCGCGUUCCUGACGGUGGAACGGAUGGUCACCCCCAUCGGGUCUGCAGAUGACCUCGCCAAGCAGACUGAAAUCGCGUACGGAACAGUCACAUCCGGGUCAACGGAAGGCUUCUUUAAAGCCGCAACAAUUCCGGUGUACAUGAAAAUGUGGACCUACAUGAGCAAUGCAAACCCAAGUCCAAUGGUGAGUUCCAACGCUGAAGGCAUCGCCAAGGUUCGCAGUUCGAAGGGAAAGUACGCUUUCCUAUUGGAAUCGGCACAGAAUGAGUUCAUCGAGCAACGCAAACCCUGUGACACCAUGAAAGCUGGAUCAAACCUGGACUCUAAAGGGUAUGGCAUCGGCAUGCCAAAGAACUCGUCAAGAAGACAAGACAUCACCCUUGCUGUCCUCAAGCUGAGGGAAGACGGCAUCUUGCAGGCGUUGGAGACCAAAUGGUGGUAUGAUAAGGGAGAGUGCGGACCUAGUGAGAGCAGCAGCAAAGGAGAGACAAGUGCUCUCAGUCUCAGCAACGUGGCUGGUGUUUUCUACAUUCUGGUGGGAGGUCUGGGUCUGGCUAUGAUGGCAGCCCUGUUGGAGUUCUGCUACAAGUCCAAAGUCGAAGCCAAAAAAACAAAGACGUCUUUCUCUGCCGCCAUGAAGGUAAAAGCACGGAUGUCCAUCAAAGGUGAGAACGGAAGGGUGCCCUCGCCAGACGAUCCGUUCCCGAAGUCCAUGUCAUCGGUGCCCAUCACCAGACCAAGCGGAAUGCCGAUGGUAAAUACAAUGGAUACUAUGGAUACGUUGGAGAGCUUCGAGCUGUAUAAGACUAACUCACAAACACAAGUGUAGUUGGGGGCCAGCUGGGGCCAAAGGAGGCCGUUUCGUACGAUUCUCUUGAUCUGCACAAAUGGAGAAGCAACGGACGGAACGAUGAUUGGAGUGACAUGCUGGCAUUCUUAAGGACAUGGUUUGGGAGGAGGUGUAGUGUCUACAGACAGCGGACUCUUAGAUACCUUAUCACAUAGUUCAGAAGUCAUGUCCAUCGUCAUGUUUUUGUCUUAUCCACAAAGUUGAUCAUCGACGCCGAGAAAGAAACUAGGACAUCCAUAUUGCAUCACCACUGUCGAAAGUGGCCGUAGAAGUUGUGUUGGUACAUGUACCUACGUACGCUUUCCCACUGUGACUAGAAGAAACUCUGUUUCACGCCCACGCAUUUGUACACUUUGAACCAUCGUCAUUUUUCAACAUCUAUUUUAAUAAAUGGAAUAUUUCUGUAGAGUGUUUUACACAGAAGUAUA